AUGUCAAAAUCAAAUUAUUCAUCUCAACGUUCACAUCAUCAAUCAUCUCGUUCAGGUCUUGCAACAUCUCGUAUACAUAACUCACGAUAUUCAUCAACAAAAACAAUCAACAAAUCAAAACAAAAUAGUCAAGCACAGGAGGAUUAUCCAUUAUUUCAUGUUCAUUCGUCAGAUUAUGAAAUUAUAUUUGCGAAUAAUAAAACAUCAACAGAUAUGAUAAACAAAUCAUUGAAUCAUGUGGAUACAUACAAACAGUUAGGCAACGAAAUUUAUUCUUGGAGAAACAUGGAAAAAGAACUUGUACCAGCAAAAGAAUUAUUUACCUGGCCAAUUCCAGCUGAAUUACUUGAUAUUCAACCACAUUUUCCAGCGUGGUAUAAUUGA